CGUUUAUUGCUCCGCUGGGACCGCUGCUGUCCUUCACCCUCUGCUGCCCCUGUACGCCUCCAUUUAUCUGUCUCUCUGAAAUGCGAAGGCCAAGCCCUGAGAUCACCAAUAAUCAUUGAUCGCUACGCACAGUCACCGUCGGAGUCUGUCCAUAGGGUUCCGGCGAUGGCCUCAGAGGACGUGAAAACCGGCGAGUCUGCAGUUUCGACGAUUGUGAACCUCGCAGAGGAGGCGAAGCUCGCCAGUGAAGAAGUUAAGGCGCCCAGCCAUGCCUUUUACGGUAUCUGCAAGUCUCUUGUCGCCGGAGGAGUAGCCGGAGGAGUGUCACGUUCAGCUGUUGCUCCCUUAGAAAGGUUAAAAAUUUUGCUGCAGGUUCAAAAUCCGCAUAGCAUUAGAUACAAUGGAACAAUUCAGGGUUUGAAAUAUAUCUGGAAAACUGAGGGUCUUAGAGGGAUGUUUAAAGGCAAUGGCACUAAUUGUGCCCGUAUUGUACCGAAUUCAGCAGUCAAGUUCUUUAGUUAUGAGCAAGCUUCAAAGGGCAUUUUAUGGCUUCAUCGGCAACAAACUGGAAAUGAAGAGGCUGAGCUUACUCCUCUUUUACGCCUUGGAGCUGGUGCAUGUGCCGGAAUUAUUGCCAUGUCCUCAACUUAUCCAAUGGACAUGGUUCGAGGUCGGCUGACAGUCCAGACAGAGAAGUCUCCCAGCCAAUAUAGAGGAAUCUUCCACGCUCUUUCGACAGUCCUGCGUGAAGAAGGCCCUCGGGCAUUGUACAGAGGCUGGCUGCCUUCUGUCAUAGGAGUUGUGCCAUAUGUUGGUCUCAACUUCGCUGUCUAUGAAUCUCUGAAAGCCUGGUUGAUUAAAACCAAACCAUUUGGAUUAGCUGAGAACAACGAAUUGAGCGUGACAACGAGGCUUGCAUGUGGGGCUGCUGCUGGAACCCUCGGCCAGACGGUUGCUUACCCUCUUGAUGUUAUACGACGAAGAAUGCAAAUGGUGGGCUGGAAGGAUGCUGCUUCCAUUGUUACUGGUGACGGUAAGACCAGAGCACCCAUUGAAUAUAACGGUAUGGUCGAUGCAUUCAGGAAAACAGUCAAGCAUGAGGGUUUUGGAGCAUUGUACAAAGGCUUAGUCCCCAACUCAGUCAAGGUGGUACCAUCCAUAGCAAUUGCAUUCGUGACUUAUGAGUUAGUGAAGGACAUUCUUGGAGUCGAGAUGAGGAUAUCUGACUGAAGUUAUACGAGUUCUUCUGCCGAUUGGCCACUUCUGCAAAUUUUGCCCGUCAGAAUAAACCAUUUGAAGGUAAAUUGCCAGAGAUUUCUGGCAGCUCUGGCAGGAUAUCAUUUUGAAGUCCGAUUUAUCCCCUUGUUGAUUAUCCCUUGCAACUUGUAUCCACCUGUCUGUUGCAACUCAUCUUAGUCUUUAGAUUAUUUAUUCUCAUUUGCUAUUCCAAUAAGUAAGUCGGGAGUAAUACUUCUGCAUUGUAAUAGUAUUAAACGAAUUCAUACAUUUCAUUCCACAAUCCACCCAGUGUCCAGUGUUAUAUGUGAUGACUGGUUUUUUUUAA